GACACCCUCCCCAAACGCGUGCCGUUAACUCUCCCAUUUUCCCUUUCUUUUUUUCCUUUUCUCUCUCUCAAUCAACACCACAACCACUUCGUCGAGGCACCACCUUGACCACAACUCCGUCGGCACCUACGCCACCACUGAAAAUUAUGGACUGAAUUCCCAAAACUCCUCACCACACUUCUUAUAAGACCCAUAUAUAAGCUUCUACUUAACUAGAAAAAUAAGAUACUAAAUAUAAAAGAACAAAAAUCAGUGAGCCAAAAUUCAAAAGCCUUGUAUGAUGGCGGAGCUGGCUCAAUCCGCCGACGUCUACGCGCCGAAGACUAUACAAGUUUGGAGAGCACUAUUAAACUGGCUGGCUUUCUUCUUCCAGAUCUUCGUUCAGAUCAUCAGAGGCACGCCGUCGCUGACUCAGGUCCUGUCUUACGUUGGCCUGCGCCACUCCUCUCUUCUCUCUUCUUCAUCGCCUCAGUUCAAGCCUUUACCUGUCGUCGAGUUACAGGAGCCUGAGCAUCCUCCUCCUCCCCUUUCUUCCGCCGUUCAAAUUACAUCCGGCGCCACCUCUGAUGGUGGACUUCUCGAUAAGCUCACGGUGGUUCUGGACUUGGAUGAAACUCUAGUUUGUGCAUAUGAGACAUCUAGUCUGCCUUCUAUGAUACGUAGUCAAGCCAGUGAGGCUGGGUUAAACUGGUUUGAACUGGAAUGCGUAUCUUCCGAUAAGGAAAUUGAAGGCAAGCCUAAGAUUAACUAUGUGACGGUGUUUGAGCGUCCUGGAUUGCAUGAAUUUCUCAAACAACUCAGUGAAUUUGCCAACCUUGUAUUAUUUACUGCUGGCCUUGAAGGGUAUGCUAGGCCUCUUGUAGACAGAAUAGAUGCUGAAAAUAGGUUUAGUCUCAGACUUUAUCGACCGUCAACCAUUAGCACGGAAUAUAGAGAGCAUGUGAAGGAUUUGUCAUGUGUAUCAAAGGAUUUGUGUCGAAUGGUUAUCGUUGAUAACAAUCCAUUCAGUUUCUUGUUGCAACCACUAAAUGGUAUUCCAUGCAUUCCAUUUUCAGCAGGGCAACCGCAGGAUGAACAGCUUUUGGAAGUUAUCCUUCCACUUCUCAAGCACCUUUCUCAGCAGAAGGAUGUAAGGCCAGUGCUGUAUGAAAGGUUUCAUAUGCCUGAAUGGUUUCAAAGACAUGGGAUCCCUGCAUCUUGGUGGGCAAACUAUGAAGGGAUUGUUAAAAAUUGAGAUAGUUUAUUAUUCCUGGAUGCACCUGGAAAGUAAAUCUUUUAGAAGGGCAACAUCUCUUCCCACGAAGAGUGAAGUUUUGUAUAGCAGCAUUUUGUGCAGAGCAGCAGCUUUGAAUUUUUCACAGCCGCUUCACAGAGGUGUCUCCAACGGAUGAUGCACAUACUGCGAUUCUGGAAACUAAAGAUUCUUGUGUAACUCUGUUCAUAGCUUUCAAUUCAUGUGGGAUCUAAUGUACUUGUCAGAUGUUGUACACUGUAUUCUAGCCAAUAAUUAUUUGCAUGUUAGCAGUAUUCUUCUGUACAGAACCUACCAUUGGAUGCUACUUUUAGUUGUCAAGAAUUGUUUAUUUAGUACAAGUUAGCUUGUGCCGUUGAAACCAGAUUAUUGUUGCAUUCUCA